CCUCAAUAUUGACAGCGGAAACACGGAGAUGUAUCCGAGAGGCGGAGGUUCUCCGGCGGGGGCAGAGCUCGCCAUUUGUGCGGGGGAAUCGCGGAAGCACAGUCAGCGUAUUAUAUGUAGUCUAUUAGUACACCUCUCGCCGACUAUGGCAUAAGUAUAGACAAAACAAUUGUUUGGUGUAUUCUGGAGACAAGACGAAAUGGUCCAGGAUGACAACCAACCAUCGUCAGGCGGGGACUAUGACCUCUCCCGUCCCCUCGAAGCCACCUCAGGGCUUCGUCAGGGCUUGACCUCAUAUGGCGACGCGCAUUUUUCUCUUUUCCUUCGAAAGGUAUUUAUAAAAGCACUGGGGUACUCAGAUGAUGCUUUAUCACGGCCUAUAAUUGGUAUUAUCAACACAUAUUCUGGGUUCAAUCCUUGCCAUGCCAAUGUGCCUCAACUCAUCGAGGCCGCCAAGCGCGGCGUACAGCUCCAUGGAGGCCUGGCGGUGGAUUUCCCAACUAUCAGUGUUCAUGAGUCCUUUGCACAUCCGACUAGUAUGUUCCUGCGGAACUUGAUGAGUAUGGAUACGGAGGAGAUGAUUAAGGCGCAACCGUUGGAUGCGUGUAUUAUGAUUGGAGGCUGUGACAAGACUGUUCCCGCGCAGCUUAUGGGUGGUAUAUCAGCGAAUAAGCCAAUUCUGCCCCUGAUUACUGGGCCCAUGAUGCCUGGUAGUCACCGGGGCCAGCGAUUAGGCGCUUGUACGGAUUGUCGAAAUAACUGGGCAGCCUUCAGAGCCAACGAGAUAGAUAUCGAGGAGAUAUCAGCCAUAAAUGAGGAAUUAGCGCCAACUAUCGGAACAUGUGGCGUCAUGGGGACCGCCAGCACCAUAGCUUGCAUUACAGCUGGGCUGGGAAUGAUGCCUCUUCGGGGCGCUUCAGCACCAGCUGUCUCCUCUGGUCGGCUCAGAAUAGCGGAGGAGACAGGAGCAAAUGCCGUCUCGGUUGCAAAGGCGAAACGGACUCCUCAGGAUAUCCUCUCUAAGGAAUCUUUUCUCAACGCAAUAACAGUCCUGCAGGCUAUUGGUGGCUCGACAAAUGCUGUUGUGCAUUUAUUAGCCAUUGCAAACCGCCACCCGAAGUUACAGGGUGAGAUUACCUUGCAGACUUUCGACGAGAUUGGUCGUAAAACACCUCUCCUAGUUGAUCUCAAACCAAGCGGUGACAACUACAUGAACGAUUUCCAUAACGCGGGUGGUAUGCUUGCGCUUCUGCACCAGCUUCGUCCGCUUCUUCACCUAUCUGCCAUGACCAUCUCGGGUCAGACAUUGGGUGAAGUGCUUGACGCUUCCCCUUUCCGUUCUUUCCCAUAUUCCCAACAGCUGAUUCGACCACUUUCUGAUCCUCUGUAUCCUUCGUCCUCGCUGGUGGUUCUUUACGGUAAUAUCGCUCCUAACGGCGCCGUCAUGAAGGCCUCCGCUUCCAAAGAUCGUGCUCUACUAUCACAUUCCGGUCCUGCUGUUGUAUUCAAGAACUCUGCUGAUCUAGCCGCGCGCAUCGAUGAUCCCGAUCUUCCUGUGAACAAAGACUCUGUCCUAGUCCUUCAAGGAAUCGGACCCAUCGGCAACCCAGGCAUGCCAGAAGCAGGUCUGAUCCCAAUACCGCGCAAAUUGGGAGCGAGUGGAGUGAAAGACAUGCUCCGUUUAUCGGAUGGACGCAUGUCCGGAACCGCAGGGGGCACGAUCGUGCUACAUAUUUCUCCAGAGUCAGCACUCCCAGACUCACCGUUUGGUGUUGUCCAGACCGGUGAUAUCAUUACUUGUAAUGUGGAGAAGAGGCUACUGCAUUUGGACAUCUCUGAUGAUGAACUGAAGGCGAGAAUUGAAGAGAGGAAGCGGUCCAUUUCUAGCAGUGGGGUAUUGUCGGAGAGGAGUCGGAAGAGAGGAUACCGCGGAUUAUACGAGAGAAGUGUGAACCAGGCCGAAGAAGGUGUUGAUUUCGAUUUCUUGACGGCUGCUGGGCCAGGCGGUCAAUAGAUAACUACAAUGCGGGUUGUAUAAUGAGUUCAGAUCGUCCCAACGGUUAAUAUCAUUUACCGAUAAAAAAGAAUAAGAACAAGAAA